UAGCAUGAAGUGCGCCGCAAAUAUGAGCAUUGGGGAGUUUUAUUUUAUUUUUGGCAUCGGUUUUCAAAAAUAUGUCUGUCACAUCCCAUUGUGUCACAGCCAAGGCACUGAUCUUUAUUAGUUAAUUCUUUCAUAUUCUAAUAUUCUAUGGGGUAAUGGGUUUGUAAUUUUUUUUUUAAUUUUUAUUAUAUAUAUAAGCAUAGGCUUUGGUGUUCGUACUCACCACUCAACCAUUGCCACUUUUCUCUUAUUCACUACUUCUUUACUACUCUACAUUCUCCUUUCAAGGAAUUUCUCGUUCCUUGGGGAGAAUUCUAUAACUCAGAUACAGUACUUGGAUUUUAUUAUUUCCUUGGAGAAAUAUAUAUAAGGAAAUGAUGAAAGAGACCACUUUGUUGCAUAUCUUGUUGGUUAUUACAUUGGCUUGUCUAAGUUCAAUUCAUGCAGAAGACCCAUACAGAUUUUAUACAUGGGAAGUCACAUACGGCAAAAUUUCUCCUCUUGGAGUUCCUCAGCAGGGUAUCCUCAUUAAUGGGCAAUUUCCAGGCCCAACUAUUGAUUGUGUGACCAAUGACAACAUCAUUGUAAAUGUCAUUAACAAGCUAGAUGAGCCUUUCCUCAUCACAUGGAAUGGAAUUAAACAAAGAAAGACUUCAUGGCAAGACGGAGUGCUUGGAACAAACUGUCCAAUUCAACCAAGGACAAACUGGACAUAUAAAUUUCAAACAAAAGAUCAGAUUGGAUCAUACUUUUACUUCCCUUCUACUAAAUUGCACAGAGCUUCUGGUGGUUUUGGUGGUUUCAACAUUGCACAUAGGUCUGUCAUUGCAGUCCCAUACAUAAUCCCAACCCAAGAAUACACUGUACUCGUUGGUGAUUGGUUCAAAGCUGGCCACAAGGCAUUAGCAAAGAUAUUGGACUCAGGCAAAUCUCUUCCUCUUCCUGAUGGUCUUCUCAUCAAUGGGCGUUCUAAAAAUAAGGCUGUCUUCUCAGGACAAAAAGGAAAAACGUACAAGUUGAGGGUUUCAAAUGUGGGGAUAGCAACAUCAAUAAACUUUCGAAUUCAGGGUCACAAAAUGGUACUAGUUGAGGUUGAAGGAGCACAUACACUCCAAGAGGUGUACGAGUCAAUAGACAUUCACCCAGGCCAAUCACUAGCUCUUUUGGUCACCUUACGCAACAAUGUUAGAGACUAUUACAUUGUGGCCUCUACACGUUUCACUAAGCCCAUUCUCACUACCACAGCAAUUCUCAGAUACGCUGGCUCAUCCACCCCACCUCAAGGCCCAUUACCAAUCGGCCCAACUUAUCAUAUCCAUUGGUCCAUGAAGCAGGCCCGAACCAUCAGGCUAAACUUGACUGCCAAUGCUGCUAGGCCCAAUCCACAAGGCUCAUUCCAUUAUGGGACGAUUAAGGUUGCCAGAACAAUCGUUUUGGGUAACUCACAAGCCCAAAUUGGUGGUAAACUUCGAUACGCAGUGAAUAGUGUGUCUUAUGUUGAUCCAAGCACUCCAUUGAAAAUGGCUGAUUGGUACAAUAUUCCUGGGGUAUUUACCUUAAACUCGAUUAAAGAUACUCCUACUACGGCUCCUCCUAGACUUGGCACAUCUGUUAUUGGAACUGCUCUUCAUGAUUAUGUUGAAAUUGUUUUCCAAAAUAAUGAGUCUAAGGUUCAAUCUUGGCAUUUGGACGGAAAUAGCUUCUAUGUUGUUGGAUAUGGGCCUCGGCAAUGGGAACCUAAGAUGAGGAGACGUUACAAUUUGGUUGAUGGGAUUCCAAGACACACUGUUUCGGUAUAUCCAAAAUGUUGGACUGUUAUAUAUGUGUCGUUGGACAACAAGGGGAUGUGGAAUUUAAGGUCAGCAAUAUGGGAAAGAAGAUAUUUAGGGCAACAAUUGUAUGUGAGAGUAUGGAACGAUGAGAAGAGCCCUUACACUGAGACUGACAUUCCAGCUAAUGCUAUCAAAUGUGGCAAGGCUAAAAAUCACUAGUUAAUUCUUAUUAUCAUUGAUUAUUAUUAUGAUUAUUUAAGUUGUAGCCAUCCUCCUUUUAUAUUUUUAUUUUUUUUUCUUCUUUUUAAUUUAUAAGUUAUAAGUGUAUGUUUGAGUUUGAUGAUGAUGAUCAGUUACGAGGGUGUGACUGUCAAGAAAUUAAAACAAGAAUAUUUAUA